AUGACAGAUUGACGACACGCGUCCAUUUACUUUCGGAAACCCUGAAUUAAAGAAUUAAAAACCCAUCAAAGAAAAUCUCGACGACGUCGUCGUUGGUUCUGAGUGGCAAGGAACGAUCGUUUUUUUUAAUUUUUUGGUCAAAAUCAGUCUUCUUUUAUUUGAACCUGAAGCUCUGCAUUCAUGGAUUCACUGAGAAGGUCAUUCAAGUCACACAGCUCGUACCGGAAAAUGUCUCCGGGAGGAAUAGGGCCUGAAUCGUCUUUUGAAAAGCAACCAAUGCUUCCAAUUCCUGAUCACGAAGAUCAAAUCACCAAAUCCGCCGACCAUGGCCAUCGGGGAGAGUUCGUCGUCAAGAUCGACGGUUACAAUGAGAGUAACAGUAAGAACAACAAUGUCGAGCAAGUUUUGGAGUCAAGCGAGAGUAAGAUUUGGAGGGAAUCCAGUUACGACUUCAGGAUAGAUGGCGGUGCGGUGGGCAGAGAUGGAGGCAAUGCGGGACAAAAUGGUGGCGGCAUGGACAGUUUCUUCUUCUCGCAGCAUCCGGGGAGUUUGGAGGAUCCUCCGUCGAGAUUGAUUGGACAGUUCUUACACAAGCAGAAGGCUUCCGGGGAGAUGGCGCUGGAUAUGGAUUUAGAGAUGGACGAGCUUCAGAGUGGGCUUGAUCGAAACUUACCAGCCGUUAUAGAGAGUCCGAAGGAUCUCAAGGUUUCUUUCCAAGGGGCUUCCAGGAAUCACAUCGAGAUCUCCUCCGAAUCCGUCCAGCCAGUGCACGAUGACGAUUCAUCCGAUGAGGAGAAGCAGCACAAAAAUCAAUUACCACCACGCAGUCCGAAAUUAGACGGUCAUGAAGGUGGAAGUGUUGGUGGUGGUGGAAGAAGUGGGGUCGUAAGAUGUACCUCGAAUGCAGUAUUCCGGCCGACUUCGGGCUUGUUGAGGACUAGGACAAAGUCGAGACUGAUGGAUCCUGUGGGCGAACCAGAACGAAGAUCUGCUAGAAAUACAGCAAAGUCAGGAAUACUGAAAGCUGGCAAGUCGGGUAUGAUGGUCGAAGAGGAGGAAGAAGACCCUUUCUUAGAGGACAUCCCUGAGGAAUUCAGAAAAGCGAAGCUCAGCGUCUUAACACUACUUGAAUGUGUGAGUCUCAUUUUGAUCAUCGCUGCCUUUGUUGCCAGUCUUACAGUCCCUACUUUACAGAAGAAGCUUGUCUGGAACCUCCAUCUAUGGAAAUGGGAGGUUCUAAUUCUGGUUCUUAUAUGUGGACGGUUGGUCUCUGGCUGGACAAUACGGAUUGCCGUCUUCUUCAUUGAGCGAAAUUUCAUGUUGCGGAAGCGGGUUCUGUAUUUUGUUUAUGGGGUGAAGAACGCUUUCCAGAACUGCAUUUGGCUGGCUCUGGUUUUGAUUGUUUGGUAUGCGAUGUUGGACAAGAAGGUGAGGAACGAUGACCAGGCCAAAAUCUUAACGUAUGUUACCAAGAUUUUGGUUUGUCUCUUGGUGAGUACGGCGAUAUGGUUGGUGAAGACCCUCCUCGUUAAGGUCCUUGCGUCAUCAUUCCAUGUGAACGCCUAUUUUGAUCGGAUUCAGGAUUCAUUGUUCAAUCAAUUCGUGAUCGAGACACUCUCAGGAGCCCCUUUGAUUGAACUUCACCAUACACAAGAAGAUAAUGAAAAGUGUAUGGCUGAGAUUCGGCAACUGCAGAAUGCGGGAGCAACCAUGCCAGCAGACCUUCGAGAAGCUGCUCUCCCCUCGGUUAAGGGUGGGAGGGUGAUAGGGAGUGGAGGACUACAGAGGAGCCCUAGAGUCAUCAAGAGCCCUAAGUCGUCUGGUCCAGUUAGCAAGCAACAAGAUGAGGGGAUCUCAAUUGAUCACCUGCACAAACUGAACCAAAAGAAUAUCUCCGCAUGGAACAUGAAGAGGUUGAUGAAUAUCAUUCGUCGUGGAACCAUUUCCACUCUGGAUGAGCGGAUAUUAGAGUCAAGUGAACAUGAGGAGGCAAAUACCCAGAUCAAAAGUGAAUUUGAGGCAAAAGUUGUCGCAAAGAAGAUCUUCCGCAAUGUGGCUAAACCCAGGUCUAAGUACAUCUACCUAGAGGAUCUGAUGCGUUUCAUGAGAGAAGAUGAAGCUGUUAAAACGAUGAGCCUCUUUGAAGGAGCAAAAGAUAACAAGAGAAUCAGCAAGUUUUCUCUCAAGAACUGGGUCGUUAACGCAUUCAGAGAAAGGAGAGCCCUAGCUUUGACAUUGAACGAUACAAAAACAGCCGUAAACAAACUUCACCAUAUAUUAAACAUCGUAGUGGGAAUCAUCAUCAUCAUUAUCUGGCUUCUUAUAUUGGGAAUUGCCACAACUCAUUUCCUUGUCUUCAUUAGCUCGCAGUUCCUACUUGUGGUUUUCAUCUUUGGGAACACCUGCAAGACUACAUUUGAAGCAAUCAUUUUCUUAUUUGCAAUACACCCAUUUGAUGUGGGUGAUCGGUGCGAAAUACAGGGAGUUCAGAUGAUAGUAGAGGAGAUGAACAUCUUAUCUACAGUGUUUCUAAGGUAUGACAACCUGAAGAUCACAUACCCGAACAAUGUUCUUGCUACUAUGCCCAUCAGUAACUACUACCGCAGUCCUGACAUGGGAGAUGCCAUUGAUUUCUGCAUCCAUGUUUCCACUCCACUUGAGAAGAUUGCUAUCAUGAAACAAAAAAUAAUAAGGUAUACCGAGAUUAAGGAGGACCAUUGGUGUCCUGGUGCGAUGGUUGUGCUAAGGGAUGUCGAAGACAUGAACAGACUAAAGAUAUCAGUCUGGUUAUCACAUCGAAUGAAUCAUCAAGACAUGGGGGAAAGGUUUGCAAGGAGGGAACGCUUGGUAGAGGAGAUUGUGAAAAUUCUGAAGGAGCUUGACAUUGAAUACCGAAUGCUUCCUCUUGAUAUCAAUGUCCGAAAUAUGCCUGCUAUAACCUCUACACGCCUUCCAUCUAACUGGACUUGCUGUGCUUAAAGCAAACGAAUCUUGCAGAAGCGGUUUACCUAAUGUUGAUCCUCUUGACAACUACAGAUGCAAUGGGGCUCGACAACCAAGGAAGGUGAGAGAUCAAGCUAUAUGAGGGAGACCAUGACGA